AUGUCUGUGUCCUUGUCCAGCAUCCCUGUAGUGCUUAAGGACACGAGCCACCACGCCGGCAUGCUUAAAGGCAGUCCGGCCCGAGGCUUCUUCCACAGCCCCCACCACCACCACCACCACCCUUACAUAGACUUCUUCCCUCGGACUCACAGCCUCCUCCACCCGCUCAAGUCCCUCGGACGUCUCGUGUCUGACGCCCAGGGUUCCUUGCCGCUCGGCCUGCACGGCGGAGCCCCCCAGUUCCCCUACCACGCCUCAGUCCUGCACGAGCACAUGAUGAACGCCUCCGGGAUGCCCUACCUGAGCCAGAUGUUACCGGGUCACCCGCUGCACUCCAAACCGGAGGAGCUGGCUGCGGUGGUGACGGAGCACGCGGCCGGCCCGCUGUCCACAGACUUCAGCAGCCCGUCCAGUGAGAGGUCCUCCUCUGUCCCCUCCUCUGUCCCCUCGGCCUCACCGCCUAAAGACACUUCGUUUCGGCUCCGGAGCGCAGAGAAGUCGCCAGAGAAAACGCGCACGUGUUAUAAUUUCAGCGAGGACGACUUGUUCAUGGUUCUGUACGGUUACUCUGGCAACCAUGAUCGGAACGUGGGGCACGCGAUAUCCGGGUUGGCUCUACCGGAAAAGUCAGUUUCUGACUCUCACAUUAUCGCCCUGGAUAAAGUUGCGCUCGAACUUCCAGAAGGGUUAACCAUCCUCCAGGCAGCGUGGGGAAACGUGACGCAUCGUGGAAUAUUUACGGAUAAAAGCAGCAUCCCAAAAGGCACGCGCUUCGGACCUUUCCAGGGGAAGCUGGUCAACACCAGCGAGAUUAAGACAUACGACGACAACACCUUAAUGUGGGAGGUGUUUGAAAACGGCCGAUUGAGUCACUUUGUUGACGGCAGAGGAGGAUCAGGAAACUGGAUGUCUUUGGUGAAGUGUGCUCGCUUCCCGGACGAGCAGAACCUGAUCGCUGUGCAGGUCCAGGGUCAGAUCUUCUAUGAGGCCUGCAAAGAGAUCAGGCCCGGGCAGGAGCUGCUGGUGUGGUAUGGGGAUUGCUACAUGCAGUUCCUCGGCAUCCCUCUUACUCUGAAAGACUCCAGAGAGGAGAACAGUGCGGUUUCUUCUGCUGAAGAUUCUGGUGAGGGUUUCAAGUGCGACAGAUGUGGGAAAGUGUUUGCUUACAAGUACUACAGAGACAAACACCUGAAGUACACGCGCUGCGUGGACCAAGGCGACAGGAAGUUCCCCUGUCACCUCUGCAACAGAUCCUUCGAGAAGAGAGACAGAUUAAGGAUCCACAUUCUACACGUGCACGAGAAACACCGACCUCACAAGUGCUCAGUGUGUGGAAAGAGUUUCUCCCAGUCUUCUAGUCUCAACAAACAUAUGCGCGUGCACUCUGGAGAGAGACCUUACAAGUGUGUCUACUGUAAUAAGGCCUUCACUGCCUCCAGUAUACUCCGCACACACAUCCGGCAGCACUCAGGAGAGCGGCCCUUCAAGUGUAAGCACUGCGGGAAGGCCUUCGCCUCUCACGCCGCCCACGACAGCCACGUCCGCCGGACUCACGCCAAGGACAAGCCGCAUCCCUGCGAGCUGUGCGGGGUUGGUUUUCAAGAGGAGCAGGAGCUUCAGAACCACAUUAAAAACCACCACAAAAAGAUCCAGGACAGUACCGUUCUCCAGUCUACAGCGGGCAGUGGAUUACAGGAGGGAUCUGUGUUCGCAGUGAAGGACGAUCCCAAAGCACAGAAAAACUGUCCUUACUCCGGGUUAACAGUUUUGAAUCCGGAAUAUCGGCCCUGGAACUAAUCUUUUAUGUGCUAAACUGUUCUCAGAAAGUUCUGUAUAGUCGUGUAUAAUGGGCUGCAGAUUGUGUGGAACAAAUAUCUCAAAAAGACUCAAAGCUGGAACACUGUGGUGAAGUCAUCGAAGACAUAUAACAAGGAGCUACAAGGAUCUUGUGUUUUUUUUUCUUCAUGUAAAUGCUGCUUGAUAAAGGGUUGUUCUAUGGAUCUAUUUAAAUAGGCUCAUCUUUAUUUAAAUUGUUGACAAAAAUAUGUCUACAUCUAUUUAUAAUGUGUUUGAAUACAUUGUCUGUUGUUUUGUGGCUUAAAGCUUUCUCUCUGCAACAAUCGUCUUAACCUACUGUAAUUAAUUAUUAUUAUUAUUAUUAUUAUUGUUGUUGUUAUUAUUAUUAUUAUUAUAUUAUUAUAAUUAUUUUUACAUUGGGUUUUCUUGCAUCGACUAAUGCUUGGAAAGCAAAGGUAGCCUGUGUUUUAUCAUUGUAGAUUGGAGCCUGUUUGUGUACAAAUAAAUGUUAUACAUUCUCUUAAUUUAUUAUCAUAUUUUCUACUGUAAUGUAAGGCUGCAUAGCAAUCAAAAUUGCCUUGGUUUGUCCUCUAUGUGCAU